AUGUUUAAUUAUUGGUACAAGGGAACGCUCGCGCAGAUAUUCAGGAAGGUGGCUCAGCAGGCCUUGUCACCCAAAACCCUAGUCUACGAGGACAUCAUGAAGCUUGAUGGCGAGCUUCGGGAGAAGAACGCUUCGAUUCCGCCGAUUCUCAAGUGGAAGUCUGUGAGCUCUUCAAUCAUGGAUGAAACACAUACGAUACUGCAUCGGUUGAAUAUAGAACUGUUGUAUCAGAAGAGCCUGAUGAUUCUUCACAGGAACUAUCUGAGCCACGACAGAUCGAACCCAGCUUUCAAAUACUCUCGAGAAGCAUGCAUCGGGGCCGGUCUUCAAGUAUUACAAUAUCAGGAAGAAGUGCACAAAGCCACUCAACCUGGUGGCCAAUUACACAAUGGUAAUUGGAUCUCGUCGAGCUUGUCAUUCCAUGAUUUUUUGCUUGCGGCGAUGGUCACUUGCCUUGACUUGUACGAGUCACAUCGACAAUAUGCUGUCACUGGUCUGUCCAAUCUCGAGUCUAAGGCUCAGAGGCGGAAGUAUGGCGCCUUGGUGGGUGCUUAUGACAUCUGGACGUCGCGAAAAGCGAUAUCUCGAGAUGUAAAAAGAGCGUCGGGUAUUCUGGCCAAUAUACUCUCAAAGAUACCGAGGCCAAGCAUCCAAUCACUCGAGAACGGUGCUCCUAGAGACUUGUCGAGCAGUGCGCAGAUACCGGCUCAAUCAGGAUAUGAUGUCGCAUCACUUUCAGCCGGGUCGGGAGGCGCAUUAUUGGAUCAUCUUUCUGAGGAGCAGUUAGAUACUCUCCAUGCAUCCAAGGAUUUCUCCACUGCCAUGGACUUCGAUACGGGAGGGCCCUUGGAUGCCAUUUUCAGCGGGUCUGACAUUGGGUAA